AUGUUAGGAGAAGAUGACCAGAAAAUUAAGAAGAAAACUCUCAAAGUCGUGAAGGCUCAGAAGGUUGAUGACCAGGGAUCCAGCGAUGACGAUGACUUCGUUUAUGAGCGUAGCCAAGUGAAGACGCUGAAGCUAGCAAAGAACGCCUUAAUAAAGCGAGCAGCUACUAAGGCCGUGCCCGAGGAUAUGAGCGAUGGAGACGAUGAGACUGACCAGUCAUCAGAUGAAGGUUCCACAGUGCAACGCAUGUUUGAAGUGAAGACACCGCCAUCUACCGCCAGCAAGACGGAACCGCAGAAGAAAAUAAUCAAACAUGUCGUCCACAUGACUAAUACCACUAACAAGAACCAAAAACAAGAUCCAAAACAAGUCAAAACGUACUCACAACAAAAAACGCAAUCUAAACCGAAUUUCACCCCGCAAAAACCGAAUUUUAGUCAAAAACUAUCUUCGACACCAAAACCGAAUUUCGGGACGCAAAAACCGAUUUUAAAAACGCCGAAACCAAUACCACAAUUGUUGUCGAAAUUCACUAAAUCGGUUGAGAUCAAAACGCCGGCGCCUUUCAAGCCUUUGGACAAAAACUCAAAAGAUCAAGGUUCGAAGCCCGGCGUGAAAGAUGAGAGCCAAAAACACGAUGAUUUUGAUGAUGUUAUCGACGAGGAAGAAUUCCUAGAAGAUGAUGAGUUCGAUCUGGAUGAAGAGGAGUUUGCAGAAGAGUCAGAAGGUGACACAUCAAAGAAACAACGCAUCAUGAAGCCGGAGGUGAUGGACGAAGAGGUUCCUAGUGAUGCUGAGAGCAGAUCCGAAGAUGGGAGCCUUUACGAUGAACUCCCCUCAUCAGAUUCCGAAGACCUAGACGACUGGUUUACCCUCGACAUACGAGCUGAAAGAGCCGGUGACUACUUACCACUAUUAGGUACAAAAGCCAAAGAACUGUUGCUAGCAGAGCGUCGCAGAGUCAGUUCCAGGGUGGCGACGUUGCGCCAGAGUCUAUCAGCGUUAACUGACAGUGCAAGACGCCAAGCUGAUCAGCUUCGGGCGGCCGCCAUGGCACUCGCAGAGAUAGACGACACUCUAAGGGCCGCCUGA